GUUGGAUCUCAAACACUUAUAUUUACUUGUCCUAAAAUGUAUGGUGUGGGGUACUGGAUUAUUCUAUUUCUAAGAUGUGUUUGUUAGUUGCUAAAUGUGAGGUUUGUAUUGAUUUUGUAAUCUAUAUAUAUUUUGCAUGUUACAUUCAUUAUUUCUUUGUUUAUAUAGCUUAUUUCUUUGAUAAUAUAAAGGAUGACACGUCAGCCUACUGACGUCACUUAGUCAGCAUAGCGAGCCAAUGCCUGGGUUACCAUUUGUUAAUAAAUCAGUUGCUGUCCUGCCGCCUUUCUGUCAAGUCCGCUCUGCUUGUAGGGCUGCGUUCGUGUCGCCUUGCCGACUAUGUUGUCGAUGUUGGCUCCCUACCACUUAGUCUUUUAAGAGACGGUUGGGACCUAACAUAUAACUUGAAAAGCUCAGAACGGUCUUAGUCGCAAUUUUCUUGUCCGUACGUGACUGGUGCGCCAUGCUGCUUGCCCUAGCCCCGCCCACCGCCCUUCAGUUUAGAGCUGUGGUGUGGCGCCGUCUGGCUUGUGUAGUCGCGGAGGCUCCCGCACUUCUCCAGUGUUGACGGGACUGUUCAUCUGUCUGAUAUACACCGCGGCGUGGUUGUGCCUCUGUCGCUGGGUUCUUGUUUACAGUGUGCAGUGACGCAUAAUCAUCAUGUGUCCAUUAUAUCCAGUCCACCUGGUGCUGAUGUAUGGAGCACUGGUGGUGUGUGUUUGGACGGCUGGCAUAGGUGCUGUGGUGGCCUCUGUCUCAGAGGUGGCCUUACUCAAGGUCCGCCUUCACAUAAAUGACACACCUGUGGAUACUUUAGAUAUACAGGAGGAUGAAGAGAAAAUGGUGAUUUUCUACUUAGAUGAUUUUCCGCUGCAGGCAGCUGGAGAUAUAUUCAUCAAGGAUGAAAAUUAUGAUAAAUUGAACCACCUAGAGAUACAGCCAGAGCGAAUCCCUCUUGAUUCUCUGAGUAAAGAGAAACCUGAUCCUUACUCACUCAGUGGUUCCUUCAAUGUGUCAGGGAAUUUCUUAGGUUUCACACAAGUGAGGCUGGUACUGAGUGAUGGCAAUGACCAGGAGCUGAUGGCUAGUGAGCCCAUCAAGGUUAAGGUCCAGCGUGGCCAAAGAGUGUUGGACAAGAUAUUCAUUCAUGUAAUUAUUCUCAUGGUGAUAGUGGCCUAUGUUAACAUGGGUUGUGCCAUUGAUCUCAAGAUAAUUAAGGAAACUCUCCGACGUCCUGUGGCUCCAGCCAUUGGUCUGGCCUCCCAGUACCUAUUCAUGCCUUUGGUGUCUUACCUUAUUGGAUAUGGUAUCUUUUAUGACACCCAUGCUAUGUGGCUUGGACUUUUCUUGACCGGCUGUUCUCCUGGAGGUGGUGGCUCCAACAUUUGGACUUACCUACUAGGAGGCUCCCUUGAUUUAUCUGUGACAAUGACCUUCAUAUCUACAGUGACAGCCUUUGCUGCCCUACCCAUCUGGGUUUAUUCCCUUGCUAGAACAAUAGUCCAAGAUGGUCACUACACAAACCUGCCUUACAAGAAUAUUGCCAUGCUGGCCAUUGGGCUGGUGGUGCCUUUAUCAAUUGGACUUCUCAUCAAAUGGAAGUCUGAACGAGUUGCUUUGGUUCUGAAGCGCCUUUUGAAGCCCUUCUCCAUUCUAUUCAUUGUCUUCAUCAUGACAUUUGGAGUAUAUGCAAACUUCUAUAUUUUUGCAUAUUUUGACUGGAAGGUGGCAGUGGCUGGUCUGUUACUUCCUUGGCUUGGUUUCGCAUUUGGCGCAGUGGUGAGUUUGAUGUGCCACCGCAAAUUGGAAGAAAUAAUUGCUAUUAGCAUUGAGACUGGCAUCCAAAACACUGGAAUCUCCAUUGGUGUUCUAAAGGUGGCACUGCAGGAUUAUGCCCCAAUGGGAGACAUUGCAGUGGUGAUUCCUAUUGCUGUAGCAACCAUGACACCGAUACCACUCACUGUGGCCUACAUCAUCAAGCGUGUACAAGAGUGUCGAGGAAAGGCUGGUAACUUGAAGGUGGAAGUUCCAUUCGACAAAGAUGACAACCAUGCUCUAUCUGCCUCAGCCACACCCCUCCAUAAAAAUGCAUCUAUCCUUGCCUAGCAUAAAUGAUGGUUGCCAUCUAUCAUAUCCAUCCACCAUUUCCCAUGACUAUUUACAUAUUAGUUGGGAUUAGUAUAUGUACCUGGUUAUUGUACAGCUCUGGAUAUAAAUUAUGUCAUAGACUUCAGAAUAUUUAAUCCUUAUAUGGAUUUCUUAUCACAUUCUUUCAACUUUGAUUUAUAAGGUGUUUAACAUAAUGUGG